CAAAGGCCACCCCCUAUGCUUUCAUGUACGUAUAAAACAUGCUCUGAAACGUGGCUGAUCUUCAUACUUUCCGCAAAAGAAGAAGUAUGCGGACAACUUUAACUUGUCUCUAUAUUCUAGCUACUAUUAGUUCGGCCGUCUACGGAGCCGUGACUGAUGAAACUCGACAAGCUGUUCAAGAAGCUCUCUUCGAGGCCUUGAACACUGUGGACUCUUCUUUUUCUUCGGAGCCAUCAGUCGCCGAUGGAGCCAUAGUAUCGUCGCAAAUCGCCAAUGCCGAGUCCAAACAGUUGCAGUUCACCGGUGACGUGUUAGAGAUCGCUACUCAGAUUUUGGUCAAGAAGUAUGGUGUGGAUAUAUUAGAGGAUGCGAAUGAAGUUCUCACGGAGCUCAACGCCGGAGAAAGCUCGGCAAGAAAAAAGAGAAGCGUGGAUGAAGUUGAGCAGGAAUCUUUUGUGGCUAACUUGAGACAAAAGAGACAAUCUCGUGGUAAACGGCAAGGUGGAGGAGGUGGUGGACGAGGUGGAGGGGGCGGCGGAAGAGGUGGAGACGGAGGUAGAAGCGGAGAACAGGACGGAAGAAAGAAGAGAAAUUCUGGAGAGCAACAGGGUGGAGGUGGAAGGACCGAGUACUCACCACCGAAAUCCAACGCAACAUGUCAAGGACCACCAAAAAGCUGCUCGGAUCCAGUUCACGAUCGCAUCAGAUCUAUCACAGGAUACUGCAACAACAGGGGCAAACCAACUCAAGCCAACUCGGUGACAGCAAUCAGACGGCUUCUCGGAACAACUAGCUAUACAGAUGGCCUCCAAGCUAUCCGCAACACCUCGGUCACUGGCUCGCCACUCCCAUCCACUCGGCUCAUCUCCAACAAGCUUCACGACGAGGGGUCAACUCCAAACUUCUCGCCAUCGGUCAACCAUCUUCACAUGCAAAUUGGCCAGUUUAUUGCUCAUGACAUCAUUUUUAUGCCUUCUUCUACCGCCAAAGACGGAUCCAGCUUGAACUGUACCUCGUGCUCCUCCCCAACAACUAUCUCCACCAACUGCGCUCCAAUCCCAGCGCCAGCCGACGACAAGUACUUCACCCCGGUGUCCAGGACAGAAGCCAGAUGCAUCCGUCUAACCCGUGCCCUCAAUGGCCAAUCUGGGUUCGGAGUUCGAACCCAAAUCGAUCAAAACUCCCACUACCUCGACAUGUCCGCGGUAUACGGUUCGUCGGAUUGCGAGGCUCGUACUGUCAGAAGCUUCCAAAACGGGCUUCUGCUCACCAAUACCGGAAUAGGAUACGUUCUUCCACCACAAGCUCCAAAUGACACAAACUGCCAAUCCACGAAUCCUUACUACUGCUUCACUGCCGGUGACUUCAGAAAUUGCCUUCAUCCAGGACUUUUGCCACUCCACAUCGUCUUCAUCAAGGAGCACAACCGUCUUGCCGUCAAAGUUAAAGCCGCCCAACCUUCAUGGAACGACGAGCAAAUCUACCAAUUCGUUCGAAAAAUCAUGGUCGCUCAAUGGCAACAGAUUGUCUACAACGAGUACCUUCCAAAGCUCCUAACUGACAAGUACCUUACCGACUUCAACCUUAAACCCAUGAAACCCGGUGCUGGACCCUUCCAAGGCUACAGUACAUCGAUGAAUGCCGCGUUGAGCGGAGAGUUUGCAGCAGCUGCCUUCAGAUUUGGACAUAGUCAGUCUAGACAAGACUUUGCCAGACAAGAUGCUACGAAUAAGACCAUUGGAGCUUAUGACCUUGGAAACAAUAUCUUCUACGCUGAUCAAGUCUACCAGAAGAGCCUCGGAGGAUCUGAGACAAUGCUUCUAGGACUUAUCAAGACAGCUGGUAUGCAGGUGGAUCGAUAUUUCUCGUUCCCAAUUCGCAAUCAACUUUUUGAAAUUCGCGGGAAGAAUGGGUCAGGAGUCGAUUUGAUCUCUGUGAAUAUUAUGAGAGGACGCGAUGUCGGGCUUAUGCCAUAUGUCAAAUACCGUACCCUUGUUGGACUUUCCCCAGUUGACACCUGGAAUGACUUGUCCUCCACAUUCACUGCAGCUAACCUAGCAGCACUUAAAACUGUCUACGCUGAUCCAGCUGACAUUGACUUGUACACCGGUCUCGUAAUGGAAACGCCACUUGCUGGAGGUCAACUCGGACCAACUGCCUCCUGGAUCAUCGCCGAACAGUUUAGAGCCCUGAAGACCGGAGAUCGAUUCUACUACGAAAACGGCGUCGCCAAUACAGUAGGAUUCACGCCAACUCAAAUCGAUGCGAUCCGUCGAGUGAAGCUUGCCAAGAUUUUCUGUGAAAAUACGGCUAUUAUCACAUCGAUCAACACGGACAUAUUCGACUUGAACAGUAGCCAAGUGGCGUGCUCUUCGAUUCCGGACAUUGACAUAAGAUUGUUCUUCUAAUUAGAUUUGAUUGAAU